GUGUAGCGCCAUCUUUAUUUUUACCACACGGUCUCUGGCUUCUCAUCGGUCUGUGCUGGUCAUUUAUUGUGUUAGCUGUAAUUUUUCACUGAAUUAUGGCGAAUUUAGCAAUUGCUGCGGCAGCUGCAGCUGCCAGAGACCCGGCCGUGGACCGCUCGUUACGCUCGGUUUUCGUGGGAAACAUCCCAUAUGAGGCCACAGAGGAGCAGCUGAAAGACAUCUUCUCAGAGGUUGGACUUGUCGUCAGUUUUAGGUUGGUGUAUGAUAGAGAAACGGGUAAGCCAAAGGGAUAUGGCUUUUGUGAGUACCAGGAUCAGGAGACAGCGCUCAGUGCCAUGCGUAACCUGAAUGGCAGAGAGUUCAGUGGCAGAGCCCUCCGCGUCGAUAACGCUGCUAGUGAAAAAAAUAAAGAGGAGCUCAAAAGUUUGGGGACUGGAGCUCCAGUUAUUGAGUCCCCUUAUGGAGACAGCUGCUUACCAGAAGAAGCCCCAGAGUCCAUUAGCAGGGCAGUAGCCAGUCUGCCUCCAGAGCAGAUGUUUGAGCUAAUGAAACAGAUGAAGCUAUGUGUGCAAAACAGUCCCCAGGAGGCCAGGAACAUGCUCCUGCAGAACCCUCAGCUCGCUUAUGCCCUGCUGCAGGCUCAGGUGGUCAUGAGGAUUGUGGACCCUGAAAUCGCUCUGAAAAUGCUCCACCGUCCAGCUGUGGUUCAGCCCAUAAACCCAAGUGCUCAACCCGGAGCGGUACCAGUACCUAACCAGAACCUCCCUCAGCCCAAUGUGCCUGUCUCUCAGCCUCAGCCAAUGCAGGGCAUGCAUGUGAAUGGAGCCCCUCAGAUGAUGCAGCCUCCACAGAUGGGAGGCGGAGUACCCGGGCCGAUGGCAGGACAGGGACCCAUGGGACCAGCUGCUGGGAUGCAACCUCAGAUAGGGAUCCCUCCAGGAGGCCCUGUGCCCAUGGAUAGAGGACCAGUGCCGAUAGUAGACCCACGUGCCCCAAUGCGAGGAGCCCCUCAAGGCCCUCCAGGGAUCCCACCCAGAGGCUUGCUUGGCGAUGGUCCGAAUGACCCACGAGGUGGAUCAUUGGUCAAUGUUAGUGGAGAAAUGGAGCCGGGGCAUGGUUACAUCGGAGGCCCUCCACAGCAUCAGGGGCCGCCCAUGCAUAUGGCGCCCCCAGACAUGCGUGGCCCUCAUGACAUGAGAGGAGGACCCAUGAUGGGAGAACCUAGAGGUCCUAUGAUGGAGCAGCGUGGUCCACCCAUGGAGGCAAGAGGUCGUGAUCCAAGAGCUGUUGAUGCUCGGGUUCCGAUAUCUGGCCAGAGGGUUCCUGUGGCUGGUGGAAUGCAGGGUCCCCCUCCCCACGGCAUGGGACAAAGUGCACCUCCAGCAGCGAGACCAGGUCCUACAUCAGAUGCGUCAUCACAAGACCACGAGAAAGCUGCCUUGAUAAUGCAGGUCCUGCAGCUGACCCCAGAACAGAUCGCCAUGCUGCCACCAGAACAGAGACAGAGUAUCCUGAUACUGAAGGAGCAGAUUCAGAAGACAGCAGGUGCACCCUGAAGACUUAACAUGUGAAGAACAUACACAUCUCUGAUCAGACAACUAUCCUCUGGCUACUUUUGUAUCUGUCUGCAGAACAUCCACAUCUGUAAAUUUGUCGUUGUUUUUGUUUUAUAGUGGUAUUUUUUUUUUAUUUCAAGUGAGAUCAGUUGUAUAUGAAUAGUAGUAGUUCACAAUUUAAUGCUCAUGAAAAAAAUAAACGAUUGGGUUUUGAAAUAAACAACUGCAAAUGUUUUCAAUGCAGAAAUUAAUUCCUGCCUUCAUAAUUUAUUUAUAAAUACAGUUUAGUAAAGACAUGAUAUAUAAUGUACAGUAUUAACAAUUUAUAUCUUGGAUUAUAAAGUUGGUUUGAUUGUUUAAAGGUUACAAAACCAUGACUAACCAUAUGUGACACGUUAGAUCAGAUAAUAUGUGUCUUUUAAAGAAUAUCUUUUCCUUUUAAAAUAAAUAAAUUCUGAAAUCUA